CGGAAGUGCACAGGUAGGACGGCGACGGCGCAGCCUGGGUGACAGAUACGUCUCCUGAAGCUAGCUCGGGUUGGGCCCGUGUGGGUUUUACUGCUUAGCAAGUCUUACUGUAAACAUUAUGGCGGCGGCGGAUCCCCGGUCCUCGAGUGACGGCGGGCCCGCCAGCAGGGGAGGCUUCCCGGCCGGGGAGAGCAGCAACGACCGCGACGGAGCGGCGGGGGGCAGCGGCGGAGAGGGCGAGCGGGAGCGGGACCGGGCCACCUUCGAGUGCAACAUCUGCCUGGACACGGCCCGGGACGCUGUCAUCAGCAUGUGCGGCCACUUGUUCUGCUGGCCCUGCCUUCAUCAAUGGCUGGAGACGCGGCCCAGCAGACAGCAGUGCCCUGUGUGCAAAGCUGGAAUCAGCAGGGAGAAAGUGAUCCCGCUCUAUGGCAGGGGGAGCUCCAGCCAGGAGGACCCCAGGUUGAAAACUCCACCUCGGCCUCAGGGACAGAGAACAGAGCCGGAGAGUAGAGGCGGGCCAUUUCAGGGUUUCAGCGACACUGGUUUUCACAUGUCUUUUGGCAUUGGUGCUUUCCCCUUCGGCUUCUUCACCACAGUCUUCAACACCAACGACCCCUUUCACAGAGCAGACCAGUAUGCGGGUGAUCACCAAGGCAACGGUAACCUCAACAAUGGCAACAACAACUGGCAAGACUCCCUCUUCCUCUUCGUGGCCAUCUUCUUCUUCUUCUGGCUGCUGAGCGUGUGAUGGAGAAGAUGACGGGACGGGACGGGACGGGGAUGGGAUGGGACGGGAUGGGAUGGAUGAAUGGAUGGAGGAUUGAGGGGACUGGGAGGGAGGAGCGCCCAAAUUCACACAAACCUAACUCAAGACACACACACUCCCACACACUCCCACACACACACACACACACACUCAUGUUAUCUUUCUUAGGCGGUACUAACUUGGGAGAGUGUAGCAGUGUUUCAAAUGCAAAGCGAUGAAUAUGGGCGGGGGUGUUAAUUGGUUUCAUUUUAGGAUGCUCAGCCCUCCCCACACCUCCACUUCCCACUCCAAUAUUGUCUGCGUGCGGCCCACUUGGCGAAGGAGAUCAUGUGCUUAACAGUAGUGUUGUGUGAAUCCCCAAAAAGCAAAGGUGUGAAAAAUGAAGUCAGCAUAGCCCUCCCUCUCUUGUUUGCACCUGUAGAUAUGCACACACACAAUCACAUAAAACAGACACAAGUGUUUCAGGAGCUAAAUGUCGGGGUUAGACGAUUGGUAUGCUGGACGUAGGUGUUGCAGGGUCAGUGGAGACAGUAUUACGUGAACAGGUUAUUGGCAUGAGCGCCUCGGUGUGGAGCGCUGCAUCGUGCAAGCACUGAGCAGAGCUGGCGGCAAACGAUAAUUUGGGACACUGACUCAUUCUGUUUGUUUUGGUUCUUCACAGCCCCAUAAAGGAGUCUCUGGUUUAUUCCUUAAAUAGAGGAGGCAUGUGGUGGAAAGUUAAGUGAGGAUAAAGAGACGGGGGGGCGGGGGUGGGGUGUGUGUGAAUGAUUAUGAGCUGUGUAGUCGUUGCUAUAGCAACUCUUUCUAUCUCUAAAAAGGCCAAAGAGUAGCAGAUCAGUCAUGUAUGAUCUUGGGGUGAAACUGUAAUUGGAUCCUGUUCCUGUUUACAAUUUUCCUGUGAAAGGAUUACAUCUUAGAAUUACAACCACCUGAGGAUACACAACUUAACCACUCUUUAAAAGCAGAUGGACAGAUAGAAAUAGAACAGAUGGAUACGUUUUUUAUAUAUUUGUCUUAACAAAAAAAAACUGCCAUUGCACUGUGAAGUCAUUUGUAGAUGGAGCUGUCCCAAUAAUCUAGAUUGGAGAGCGUGCUAGUGCUGAACUACUACUGGGUUCUUUGUCUUUCCCACUGUUCUCGUGGCGUAACAAAACUAACACUGUACCGCACAGAUUCAUGGGUAAACGUGGGAUACAGGAAGGCCAGUUUGGGAGAUUUCUGUACAGCUGUUCUCCGUGCUCUUUGCAGCAACAUGAAGGGAAAAGGCAAGCCGAGCAGUCGUGAUAGAGCGUGUUGUCUGUCUGGCGGACAGUAUUUUGGUUCAGGACGGUAGCUAGCAGAGGUGCUACACAAUAAUAACAGCAAGAGGAGCUGAUACAGUGUUUGACAGUGGGGAGAAUCCUUGCAAUGGAGGUGAAAUGGUCAGCAACUAGGAACUGAUAGGAGUGAUGAGGCGCAGUUCAGUGAACUGUGUCCCAGUGUGAUAUAAAUACAGAACACACUUCUUUCUAUUGCAACUAAUUUGUUUUUCCUGAUUGUAUGUGUUUGUGUGUCUAUGGGUGAGUGUGUGUAUAUAUAUAUUUGUAUAUAUGAAUAUUGUAAAUGCUGUUUUUACGUGUUUCUGAGUGGAUGACCAGCCUUAGAGUGAGAGAGGACACGAUGUGUGAUUAUGGCUGUAGGUGCUUUUUAUAAAGCAAACAAUGAUCUGACCUGUUCCAGAUACGAUAAGUUGUGCUGAAGUCCACUUUUCACUCAAGGAAAAGCUCGCGGCAGAAUCAUUACCUGCCAACUUCAUGCCAAUGCUGUCUUCUCCCACAAAAUACAGUUGAAUAAAAGUUAUGAGGGCAAAGUUUGUUCUUCCCUGUCAAUGUGAUUUUGAUAUACAAUGAGGCAGAAUGAAGGUUUUUAGGAGAGAGACGUUUCGGAUUCAGCUCACUGAUUUCUCCUGUAACUCACGCAGCACACACUAACCAACCUUUUCAUUGGUACGAUCAAUUUCAUGCAGCCGAGCAGUGUAGAACAGAAAAGAAAAGCAGUGACAUUAUACAGCAUCUCCCCCAUUUCAACACUAAUAUGUAACAACUGUGAAGCACAUCAGAUCGCUGAAAAGAUCAAGGGCUGGAUUCAAAAAAACAAACAACAACAAAAAAAAAAAAAAAGACUGAAGGGUUGUCUGUGUUUACUUUGAAAAAUUCUUGAUUGGAAGACGUUCUGCAGGCAUUGACCUGUGCUCGGCUAAACUAGAUUGAAUUUAGCACUUUAACAUUCACACCGGGAUGAGAGAACAAGAUAAGAAUUCCUCAACGGGACGGACAGGAUGGCUGAUAGGGCUUGUCAUUUCUGAUGGGGCUACACAUUGUAUUCUGAGGCUUUUGUGACACUAAAACAAAUGAUGGAAGUCACCAUUCUGUGUCCUUGGGCAGACUAAACCUGGAGACAUUGUUCAAAACCAAACGGGUUAGGACAUCAAAACUGUGGAAAGGAGAGAUGUUUUCCACAGUCUGAAUAAAUAGAUGUUUAAUACAA